ACCGCUAAAGACGCCGAAGAAGGGGAAAAGAUGGCAGCCUCCGUUUAGUGAAGGGACACAAACACGUUUUGACAGUCGUUUGCUGCAUAACAGACAUCCGCAAAGACGAUGUUUUUGAAACACAGCCUGAAAUCAACAGCGGCUGCAGGACGAGUAUGGAGCGUGCUGUCGGGUGCGAGACACGGCGGGGUUCCGGCGGUGGCGGCGCGGCAGCCCGUGUACUGCAGCGCCAUACCACAGCGCUGUGCUCCCUUCACCUGCAUGACGACCAGAGGUAACGAACCCCUCAAAAUCCAGCCAGUAAGACAGUACGCCCGAGCUGUACAAAAAAAGCCAGAAUUUCAGAGUCAACUACAAGACCUUCCAUCGUCAGUGCUGAAACUUGAAUAUGCUUCUGUUCCUCUGGCCCACGCGGUUGACGGUGUGGUGAAGAAACUCCUUUCAUUGGAGCUUGCAAGUCAUAGUGAAAGACUGCGCCUGAAACAGGAACAGCUGAUCGCAAAGGUCCAGAGACAUGAAAAUGACCGAAACUCAACCGAGGUUGGGGUGGCCGUAUUGACCGCACGAAUACGUAACUUUCAGGAGCAUUUGCAGAAGCACCCUAAGGACAAAGCUAACAAGAGGUGGAUGCUGAUGAGCAUUGAUCGCAGAAAGAAAUUGCUCAAAUACUUGAGAAGUUCACGAUAUGAUGCUUUUGAGAAGGUCUGCACAGAGUUGGGGAUCACAUACACCUUCCCUCCGGAGUACUACAGACGGGCAACCCGGCGCUGGCUGGCUAAGAAGGCCCUCUGCAUCAAGGUCUUCAAAGAGGUCCAGAAACAAAAGGAAGAGAAGAGACAUGCUCUUGAUCAGAAGAAGGCAAAGAGUGCAAGCUCUAGCUCUACAGAAACAGAGGGGACUCCAGUAUAAUAAGAUCCACCUUAAAAAUAUAUAUGAUUAUACUGUAACAUCAUUCAGCAUAACCACAACUAAUAAAACUGGCAGAGAAAUUAAGAUUCUCUCACCUUUUAUUCUGAAUCUGUUCUUUAUUUGUUUUACUUUAUGAUAAACAUUAAUAAAAUCUUGUCUUUUAAAAGUU